AUGGCAGCCUCAUCCCAGGAGGAGUCGGAGGGCAACAAUGGCCUUUCGUUUCGAAGCGACAAUUUACAGCAACUCCUCCUGUUGCAGACCCUCGGCUUGGAGAGUCCCUCAGAUGAUGCCAGACUGCUGGAUUUGCAACGCCAGCUCGACGACGUUUCUGCCGAACUGGAUCUCAAGAAAAAGUCCUACGCCCAAGUGGCUGAGAAAGCGCGGCAGCGAGAUGCCGAGCUGCAAAAGCGGCAGGCACAGCUCAAGGCACAGCUACAAAGGUUUCAAAAAUUCAUAUACACCAACGAAGAAAAGACCACGCGGGCCAACCGCAGGGCAUCAAACGAGAGAGAGACUAGCCAAAUCAAGGAAAAAGAAAUAGCCACAUUGAAGAGACAAUUAUCUGUAGAUGAAAUUGCCUGCGCCGCGAUGGAAUCACAAAAAUUUCACGAUUACCUGAACACCGUAUCUAAAGCGAGUUCAGAGUUUCUGUCCGUCAGAGAUAUCAUUGCGCGGUUUGAAGUCCUCUCCUCAGUGCAUUCCAACCUCCUACAAAGCAAUGAAAAGACCAUCAGCCAGAUGGAUAUCCUCCGGCAACAACUACAAGAUUAUAAAUGCACGCAAGCUGCUAAGAUCCUUGAAGCCAGUAACAAAGUUGCUGUGUAUCAGCGUGAACUUGAGGCGCUUGAGAAAGAGAUGGCUGCACUCUCUGCAAAGGCUGAGGAAGCAAGCAGGGACUCCUUUAACACAUCUCUUCAGCUUGAGAAAGUCCUCCUCGCUGUCGAAAACAUGUUCGCCACCUGUACUACCGCUAGGCCAAGCCUUCAACACGGGCGUACUGCUUGGGAAAAGCAACGUAGAGACAUCGCGGCUGAGACAGGGAGCCACGAGGCGAAGGAACAUAUGGGGAGCAAGCGUCACAAGCUGAAGCAGGAAAAGACCGAGAUCGAAACAACAGAAAAGUUGCAGCUGCAGCGGCGCUGCCGUUACUCACUGGAGCUCCUAGCUGCCAUUCGUUCAUUCAUUACGGACUUCAGAGAAAUCGAAGAGCAGCUAAACAGAGGAGAAAAGAAGAAGCAGAAGUCAAACAGAACGGUCAAUAUGGCUGUUGACAAGUCGGAUGAGGAUGAAGUGGAGUUUGUGGCUACGCGACUGCUGGCGAGCCUCCGUGCGGAGACCACCAGCGCCAAUGCUGAUAUCACCCGAAAGACCGCUUCCAGGAAGUUCACAGAGGAGAAUAGUGGAACCCAACAAUCCAUGUACAAUAAUGGAGGAAAGGAACAAAGUCAACAGUAA